CGAAGAAAACGGAUGUCAUCCGCAGCUGCACGUGUCUGAUUACGUCAGCAAGAACAGGAAAAACAAAAUGGAGGAGUACGCGAGAGAGCCUUGCCCCUGGAGGAUAGUGGACGACUGUGGUGGUGCUUUCACUAUGGGGGUCAUCGGUGGAGGGGUCUUUCAGGCAGUUAAAGGCUUUAGAAACUCUCCUAGUGGCAUGAAUCACAGACUGAGAGGUAGUUUGACUGCUAUUCGGACCAGGGCACCACAGCUAGGAGGGAGCUUUGCUGUGUGGGGUGGACUUUUCUCCAUGAUCGACUGCGGGCUGGUGAAGGUGAGGGGUAAAGAGGACCCCUGGAACUCAAUCACAAGUGGAGCGAUGACAGGAGCAAUUUUAGCAGCGAGAAAUGGGCCUGUGGCAAUGGUUGGCUCAGCAGCAAUGGGAGGUAUACUGCUUGCAUUAAUAGAAGGUGCAGGAAUUCUGCUCACCAGGUUUGCCUCAUCACAAUUCCCAACUGGUCCACAGUUUGCAGAAGAGCCUGCUCCAAUGCCUGCUUCUUCAUUUGGGGACUAUAGACAGUACCAAUGAGAAGCCUUUGAAACCUAAGGCCUUUUCUUAUUCCAUGAACUCAUCUGAGACACUGAAGUUAAAAACGAGGACAUGUGUGACUCUCAUUCCUCCAAACAGCAUUGCCGAUUGCCACCAUAAAACAAACAACGAAUGACUGUGAUGAGAGAAAUAUGAAGGGCAAACACUGUAGUUGCUGUUUUUGUGUUUGUCUGCGGUAUGCUUUGUGUUAUUCUCAACCGCGUCAUUGGCCCCUUGGUCACCCUAUUUAAGUCAAAGGAAAUCAAUUGAAAACAGCCCCAUGUUUUUGAUCCACAUAUUCCCAGUUGUUGUUCGAUAGGUUUUGCGCCAUUGACUGUUGACAUUAUGGUGAUGCUGGCACAGGUGGUAAUGCUUGAUAAAUUAAGCAGUAGAUAUACUGUCUAGUUUGUGCAAGGUUGUUUGUGUUGAGCCCUUACCAAUUUGCUUUAUAAAGUGUAUAUGUGUGUGUGAAUGCAUCAAUUAUAUUGUGUGUCUGCAUUGAAUGAGAGUUUAUUACUUGCCUGUGCACUGAUUUUUUGCCUUAAUGUAAACAUUCUCAUAGGCUGUAACACGAUCUUCAAUACAUAGCUGAAUUUUUAUUUGAUUGCCCCUGUCCAAACCUCCACAUGCAGAGUAUAAUUCAUCAUAGUUUACUUUUUGAAGUAGCUAUUUAUUUUGUAAAAGUACAACUCGAUUUCAAGAUGUUAAGUUAUAUUGUAUUUGAAAUCGUACUCUACAGUAAAUAUUAGAGAUUUUAUCAGACAAGGUUGCAUCAGAAAGAAAGUGAAUGGACAGAAUCUAGCUCUUCAUCUGGUGGGUUUAUGAGGCGAAGCUGAGAAACAUAAAUAAAGUACUAUUGUGCUGGA